GAAAGGAGGGAGAAGAAUGGCGGGGGAUCUGCCUGGGUGUUCUCACCCUGCACUGUUGGGUUUGGAGGCAGUGCUGCUGUCUUACUGCAUCUCCUCCGUGCUCUCCCAGGUCUUGGACCCAGAGCUUCAGCCCACAGAUCCUCCGAAGAAACCAGAACCAGUAACCUCGGAAACAGUGGUUUUCUGGGGCCUGCGACUAUGGCAGGUCAUCGGCAUAUUUUCAAUGUUUAUUCUUGCCAUCAUAAUCACUCUGUGCUGCAUCUUCAAAUGCCGAAUUCCCCGAACCAAGAAAGAGAUUGAGGCACGGAGCGCUCAAAGACUGGCGGCAAAAUCAUACGCCAACACACUGGAAACCGUUCCCCCGCUAAAUGAGCUCACAGAGAUCCCGGGAUCCACUGUGGACGCUGGUGUUGUGCAGACAGUUUCUGAGCAGGUGCAGUCUCGCAGCGCUAGCAGCAGCCAGCUUCCUGUGGUGAGGGAGGAGGAAGAGCAGGGCGGACCUCUCACUUUACCUGAUACAGGAUGACUGUCUUUACUCUCCUUUUCUGUCCUCACCUCCCCCGCCUCGCUUAUUCCUUACAAAGUAGGGGAUACCCCAGCGAAGAAUUAUGGAAACAAUGUGCUCAGUAUUCUCAUUUCCUGCCAAAGGAGGACUUGAAAUUGACAUCUUAAGUAUUGCAAUGCACGUUUUUCCUUUCUUGCUUCCUCGCCUGUUUAUAUACUGUACAUGUGUGUGUUCUUUCACAAUUCUGUUUAAUGCACAAUGCUUGUGUGUACUCUCUCUCUGUCUCUUUCUCUCCUCUUUCUGCUGUGAGAUCAGCAUGAAAAUAAAAUGAAUGUACCCUUUCUCUUUCAUAA